UGGGGACGCUGUAACUCCGCCUGGCCCUGGGGCGGGCGCUGUGACUCCGCCGGGGUGGGGGGGCGCUGUGUUGCCGCUCCCUGUCACCUUGUUCAGGCGCUCGUUCAACCAAUCAGGGGGAACAAGCGGCAGAAUUUGAAUCCGGAGCCUGGUGUAACCGCCGGGGACGGAGACAGCGGGAGAGAGACUCGGGAUCCGGGGGAGGUUCAGCAUCCGGAUCAGGAAGCCUGCCCGGACACACGGGAUGGCUGAGGUAGCAGCGGUGCCUGUGCUGGCGGCUGAAGGACUGGCGGACGCGAUGGAGCCGGAGCUGCCAGUGAGUGCAGGAGUGGACAGUGGUGAAGUUGAUAACCCUAAUGGCCAUGUAUCUACUUAUCUCUUUCAAGAUCAAGUGGAAAAUAGAGACAAUUGUGACAGUCCCAAGGAGAAAAGUCCUUUGCAUCAAGGAACGCCCAAGUUUCCAGAAGUUAUCGAGACAACCCAACUCACCUAUUAUGAGCGAUACAGGGCCUACCAGGACUACAUCUUGGGUGAUGCUAAACCAUCGGAAGUGAAAGAUUUCAUUGCAGAAUAUUUGGAGAAGGUCCUAGAACCAUACGGAUGGCAAGCACUCUGGUCCAAUGAUAUGUUUGAGGUGCUUGUUGAGGUGAUUGAUGUGGAGACUUCGAACCACAGGGCAGUGGUAAAGUUACCAGAGCCAUUCCUUUAUGAGUCUGAAACCUAUCCUCUUGAUGCAGAAGCAAUGGAAAGUUUCCUUGAGGCAAAAAAGCACCUGGUGCCAUUGCAAGAACUAUAUGUGGUGUGUGAUGAGUCAGGAGAGUUUGACCAAACAGCCCUCGCUAUCGAACAUCUCCGAUUUUUCUUCCUACGCAUCUGGAGAAACUGGGAUGAAGAUGACGAAGAUGAUUUUGAUUAUUUUGUCAAAUGUUGUGAACCGAGAUUAAAGCUGUACUAUGAUAUCCUUGAAGAUCGUGUUCCUGCUGACCUUGUUGCUGAAUAUAAUCGGCUAUUGUCCAAGUGUGAGGAAACAUAUAAGGAAUUUGUAAAAUUGAGAGAGAACAUUUCUAUUAAUGAUCCAGCAUCAGAAUCUGAAUUGAAUAACAUUUCCAUGGUUGAAGGAGUUCAACUUUGUGAACAAUUGGAGAAGCUGAAAUAUAAACUUCAAAUAAUGGAGACUCCAUUUUAUAGGUAUGUGCUAUGUCAGGAUGGCUAUGGAUUGCCAACAAAGCAGGCUAAAGGAAUUCGUCCCUCAGGUGAAAAUGUUAUUCAUGUAGUUUCAAACUCCAUGACUGUUACUCUGCUGCAAUCUCUGCUGAGGGAGAAACUAAACCCGGAGCAUGUGACUCAGGAACGUGUGCUGGAGUUUCACAGUGAUCCACUUUUAGCAAUAAAUGCCUGCUUUGAAGGAGAUGUUGUUGUUAUCUGUCCUGGCCAUUAUUUUGUGAAUGGCUACUUCAGCAUUGCUGAUUCCAUUCAAGUAGAAGGUUAUGGGCCUCUUGAUGAUGUUGUGCUGGAAAAGGAAGGUAAAGGAGAUGCAUUUGUUGUUUGCACAGCCAGUUGUGUAAAAAUAUCCAACCUGAAAUUUAUUCAGCAUGAUGCUACAGAGGGUAUUCUAUGUGUUCGUAAGGGCCAGGCUAUUUUGGAGAAUUGUGUACUCCAAUGUGACACUACAGGAGUCGUAUUGAGAACUUCAGCAAAACUGCAUAUGAAAAAUUGUGACCUAUAUGGAGCAAAGGGCGCAGGACUUGAAAUUUAUCCUAGCAGCACCUGUGAGCUAUUUGGCAAUGAUAUACAUCACUGCAAGGAAGGAAUACGCAUUAAGAAUUUCAUGGAGGAACUGUAUGAUGUGCCAAAAAUAACAAUGAUGAACAAUCUGAUUCAUAACCACGAAGACUAUGGUAUCACAAUGGCCAAGUUUUCAAUACCCUUUCCGAAAAAGAAAACUUCUUUUGCAAAUGUAACACAACCCACAAGUGGUGCAGACCAAAAUCAGAAUCCACAGAGCGAUUUCAAUGAAAACAAUUUGGAGAUAAAUCCUGGCUAUUGUGAAACACAAACUAUACCAUAUUUAUUAACUGAAUGUAGUUCUAACAAAUGUGAACAAGCUGUAGUAUUGGAUCCUUCAAAUGCUGCUGAAUGUGACGAAGCUGUAACAAAUGAACUGAUUUCUACUUCUGCAACAAAAAGGGAACAGUCCAGAAGUAGAAUAAAUGAGACAGUAGACACUGUUGUGACUGAUGACAUAAUGUCACAAGAAAUGUUUCUAUCCAUUGUGAGUAAUCAUUUUAAGAAGAAUGGAAAAGGAAGCUUUGGAAUUGUGUACUCUUAACUCCAAGUCAGGUACAUAAAUCCUGAAGUAUGAAAUAUAUUUGUACAUAAUUUAUGAAGCAGCUGCAUAACAUUUUUCAUCAGCUUAAAAUUAAGUUGUAUAUGUAAAAUAUCAAAAUCACAACGCCCAGCAUAUGAUUGGAGAAUUGAUAGAAUUCUUUUUUUGAUAAUCCCACAUUCUAAAGGUGCUCUCAGUAGUAAGUGUGUUUAAUCAAGCUUGUCAUCAUUCUAGCUCAGAACCUAUUUAUUCAAAUACCAUGAAAUUUUAGCUGAUCUAUUGACAAUUAAUUGCGUAGUGCUGAAUGUGAUUUAUGAAUAUAUUUCCAUAAGAGACUUGCUUUGUCCUUCAAUUAACUUAUAAAAUAUAACCUCUUAAUGUAAACUUUGCAGUAUUGGGUUGUGCUUGGUGUUCAUAGUUUUUCACAUGCCAUUACUGGAACAAUUGAUUCCCAGAUGUGUAGGUAUUGUGCAAAUCUCAAAAGUCCCUCAGUAGCCCUCUUUCCCCUCUGACCCCCUUCUUCCCCCUUUAAACCCCUCUUCUCACCACAGCCCAAAUGCCGUGACAUAUUCAACAAACCAGUGCUUAAUGAUAUAUUUCACAGAUACAAUCUCUUUCUGUAUUUUCAUUAAUUUCUGUCCAUUUAUUUUCACCAUUAUGUUCAUCUACCUAGAUUAUUUCCUCACCUCUGAUUUCAUUCUAGUUCAGGACAGCUAUUUCUGUAGAAAAGAGUAGUUCACCAUUUCACCAGUACAACUCACUUUGCUGGUUGCGUUUUCCUGUGAGUUUACCCAAAGGCUCAAAGGAUGUCCACUUUGAAUAUUUUCCUCUUUAAUAUCCUUGCUUUACACCAACUUGUGAACUUCACUAUUUGUUUAUGGAAUAAAGAAAGAUGCCUGAUAAUUUCACCAGGUGAAAUCAUGUAACUUUGCAUUAAUAACAUUGAAUUAUUACCUAUUUUACUAUUGUUUAAAGUGUAUUUUAGGAAUAAAUAUGAGAACAUAUUUAUGC